GUGCGUGGUGACGUUUCCGGAGGACGUGGUGACGGAAGGUCGGUGCGCGGGCCCAGCGGCUGAAGAUGGCGGAGUAUCUGGCCUCGAUCUUCGGCACCGAAAAGGACAAGGUCAACUGUUCAUUUUAUUUUAAAAUUGGAGCCUGUCGUCAUGGAGAUAGAUGUUCUCGUUUGCACAACAAGCCAACUUUCAGUCAGACCAUUGCGCUCUUGAACUUAUACCGUAACCCUCAAAACUGUACCCAGACAGCAGACGGUUUCCACUGUGCUGUUGGUGAUGUUGAAAUGCAGGAACAUUAUGAUGAAUUCUUUGAGGAGGUUUUUACAGAAAUGGAGGAAAAGUAUGGUGAAAUCGAAGAGAUGAAUGUCUGUGACAAUCUGGGUGAUCACCUGGUUGGAAAUGUCUAUGUAAAGUUUCGCCAUGAAGAAGAUGCAGAAAAGGCUGUGAAUGAUCUGAACAAUCGCUGGUUCAAUGGACAACCAAUUCAUGCAGAGCUGUCACCGGUAACUGACUUCAGAGAGGCUUGUUGCAGGCAGUAUGAAAUGGGCGAGUGUACACGAGGAGGCUUUUGCAACUUCAUGCACCUGAAGCCAAUUUCACGGGAGUUACGUCGUGAACUGUAUGGACGGCGUCGUAAGAGCCAGCAGCAGGGUAGCCGUGUGACCUCGUCUGGUGACAAACGGCUGCUAACCAUCACCCCAAAACACUUAAUGGCUGCUAUCAGACACAGGUCAAGGUCAAGAUCUCGUGAGCGUAAGCGAUCUCGGUCACGGGAACGUGGAGGUCGUGCAGGACGGGAUCGAGAUCGUGAUCGGAGGCGAUCCAAGGAUCGGGAAAGAUCUGGAAGGUUCUGAGGGUGUGACAUCGGUUUGCAUGAAAGCUCAUUUAGAAGUACCACAUGCAACUUAUUGGAAUUUAAUACUUUUUAUGUUCAAGUUUAAAGUAAAACUUAGGUUCUGUUUCCUUUUGAUGUUCAAUAAACCUUUUUAAAAUAAAAAUAGAACUCAUGCGACCUGA